UAUGGUCUGACUAAAUUCGUUGAACUGUUUUCCGCGGAGUAAUACUGAACAUGUGGAGAUAUUGUAAGGGAACGUGUGUGUUGAUAUUUCUGUUAUUUAUCAUUCAAUGUACUGGGCAAAGGUCAUCGCAGUUUAACGACACUGACGACCAAGGUAAAUCAUCAGAAUCUGAAUUGAAAGACACUACCGACCAACACACACCACCAGGUUCUGAGGGCAAAACCAACCGUUCUCAGACUUCAAAAGGCGUAGCUACAUUUCAGAAUGCCCAGCAGCUUGAAACCUAUCUUCUGUCCAAUUACAGUAAAUGGUUAAGGCCAAUACGAAACCAAUCUGAGAAGAUGAUGGUCAUCGUGAAGUUUGGUUUGGAAGGUAUUGUGGACGUAGACGAAGUCGGGCAAUUAAUAACUUAUAAUGUUGUAUUUGUUGUGAAGUGGAGAGAUGAACUAUUGAGAUGGAAUCCUGACGAGUUCGGUGGUAUAUCACUUGUAAAUAUACCCGUCGAAAAACGAUGGCUACCACAACUAAAAGUUAUCGACUCAGUUAAAGGCAGGAAUUUGUUUUUGGACGAAUCUCACCCGUAUUCGGUAGACGAAAAUGGAAUAGUUGUAUGGACUCCAGCUGCGGUUUUUACUAAUUUAUGUCUACUGGAUAUGACAAAAUUUCCGUUCGAUGAACAGGUUUGCGAAAUCAGAAUCUCACCCACCGAUUUCUUACAAAAUCACCUGCAGCUCUUUAUAGAAGACAAAUUUGACACUACAAAAAUCCAAGAGAAUGGAGAGUGGAUGAUUGUUGACAUGAUGGGAGUUAAUAAUACAAAUAACCACGAAUCGGUACCAUCGUUAAUUCUGAUCAAAGUCGUCUUGUGUCGACGCCCGGCUUUCAUUUUGCUCAAUGUGUUCCUGCCAGUUAUCAUUCUGUCAUUUGUAAACGUGGCUGUGUUUGCGGUACCAGGGGACUCUGGUGAGAAGUUGAGCUACGUCCUGAUUGUUCUGCUAGCCCUGUCUCUGCUGUUGAGUGAUAUAAGCAGUAAGUUACCAACGACGUCCAUCCGUAUACCAUACAUCACCAUCUACGUAUCCAGCGAGGUUCUUCUCAGUACCCUUUCCGUCUUGAUGACUGUGUUGAUUAAACAUCUGCGAAAUUCGAAGCAACCCGUUCCCGUGUGGUUGCGUGGUUGUGUGCGAUUCAUGGAAUCGGGUUGUUAUAAUAAUAAAAUUGAUGUCUUUGAUAAAGAUGGAGUAAUAAAAUGGAAAGAUGUGUCUGAAGCAAUGGAUAAGAUAUUUUUGUAUUUCUCCUUAUUCUUGGCUGGGACCAUGUGUACAAUUCUAAUGGUUUUAAUAACCCUACCCAAUGCGUAAGGGGAUCGAACCCCUACAGAUUUGUUAUCUUAAACAGUUUCAGUGACCUUUGAUCAGGGUAUUUAAAGAUACAUUAUGCAAGAGCUUAUCGUUGUUCCUUCGUUAGGUCUUAAAUGUUAUAUAAAUUAUUAGUUUCAUAUUUCAUAAACUUGCAAAGCCCAUAAUUAAUUCUCGAUGCCCUCGGAUGCUCUAGAAUUAGACGGAUUUAAACACGAUUGGCGGGUAACGAUUUAAUUAAAAAGUUGAUACUAUCGUAACAACGGUAGUAAUGACGACCGAGACUACAAACAGGCCUAACGUCGCUCAGAAUAAAGUAAAUUGACUGAUAUUUUCAAUAUAUUUAUGUUAGUUUUGUUAGAAAUGAAUUAUAAACAUGUAAUAAUAUUUAAUAAUACCUUUUUAUUGCUGUGCUAAAAUCUAAUAAACAGGUCAUAUUACCAUCUA